AUGUCCGACAAACACGCAGACGAACGUCUUGAAGGUUACAAUGAAACGUUCGGCGGACUUAUCAUCAAAAAGAAGAGCACCGACGGGGAGGAUAAAGCGAAGAAGUCAGAGCUUCCAACAAAGUAAGUCAAACGUUUUACAAAAUCAAUAAAAUUCAUAUAUACAGGAGCGCGUAUGGGCUCGACAAACUUGCUUCCAUCAAACGAGAGCAUGAAAGGAAGCGGUUGGACGACGGAGAGGAUAGCGGUGUGACAGAAUCCGUUCGUCGUGGAAUCGAGAAGUGAGCUUGCGCCUAAUCGACGCUAAAACCUAUCAAUUUGUUCUUCAGAGUUCGUGAGAAGCAUAGAGACCGUGAAGAUCGAGGAAUGAAGUACAAGAGUCGUGAUGACGAUAAGAAAAGAGACAAAGACUACGACAGAUCGGAUCGCAGAGAGCACAGCAGUCGGAGAGAUCGAGGAGACAGAAGAGGCGAUGAGACUCCGCGCUUCAAAGUGCCCGAUACGCCGUCGAGAAUGACGUGGGACGACGACAGAGAUGGGUCGUCAAGGAAAAGAAAUAGUUGGGACAUGCCGACUCCACGAGGAGAAAGAGACCGAAAAAGAGAUUGGGACACGGAAAGAAGUAUCUCGAGCGCAUGGAGAAGUGAGAGGAAGCAUCGAGAUGACGAGAAACGUAAGAGGUACAAUCGACCACAAGACUCUGUGAGAAGUGUCAAGGAAGAUAAGAACGAGUAAGCUAUUCAACGAUUCAUGGUUUGUGACAAAGUUGUUGCGUUGUAGACCGACAUUCCACGACGAAGAAGAGCGAUUACAGUGGGAGCAGGAGCAGAAGAGUCUGGAAAGAGAAUGGUACGACAACGAAGGAGCCCAUGACGACGAGUACAACCCGUUCAACAAAGUGUCAGAAGAGUUUGUGGAGAAACGAGAGAAGCAGUGGCAGGAGAAGACUCAGAAGCCGAGACUGACUGUCAAGCAGCAGGCGAUCAAAAGGGAGAACGAGCUGUGGGAAAACAACAGACUGCACCGUUCCGGAGUCGUCGCAAUGGCCGACGAGUUGUCGAGUACCUUCGAGGACGAAACCGACGAGAAUCGGGUCACAAUUCUUGUGCAGAACAUUGUUCCUCCGUUCCUGGAUGGUCGAAUUGUGUUCACGAAACAGGCACAGCCGAUCAUUCCGGUAGUCGAUACAACGUGUGAUAUGGCCGUGGCCGCAGCGAAGGGAAGUAUGGCGGUGCGGAGGCGCAGAGAAGUGGAAGAUCGGAAAAAGGCGCAGGACAAGCACUGGGAAUUGGCAGGAAGUAAAUUGGGAAAUCUGAUGGGAGUCAAGGAAAAGGCCGACGACACUGCGAAUCCAGAAGACGAUGACAACGGAAACUACAAGGAGUCUCAUCAGUUCGCAUCUCACAUGAAAGACAACGAAGCCGUCUCAGACUUCGCAUUGGAGAAGACGAUCAAGCAGCAGAGAGAAUACUUGCCAGUUUUCGCGUGUCGACAGAAAAUGAUGAGCGUAAUCCGAGAAAACAACGUGGUUAUCAUUGUCGGAGAGACCGGAUCAGGAAAAACGACGCAGCUCGCUCAAUAUCUUCUGGAAGACGGCUUCGGAGAUUCGGGACUCAUCGGAUGCACUCAGCCGAGACGUGUCGCCGCUAUGAGUGUGGCGAAGCGCGUGGCCGAUGAAAUGGGCGUGGAACUCGGACAAGAUGUGGGAUACGCUAUUCGAUUUGAGGAUUGCACUUCUGAAAAGACUAUCAUCAAGUACAUGACCGAUGGUAUUCUCCUUCGUGAAUGCCUCGGAGACGGAACUCUCGACCAGUACUCUGCAAUCAUCAUGGACGAGGCUCACGAACGGUCACUCAAUACCGAUGUGCUAUUUGGAUUACUCAGGGAGGUAGUUGCCAAGCGAUCGGAUCUCAAACUGAUUGUCACUUCUGCCACUAUGGACGCCGACAAGUUUGCCGAUUUCUUCGGAGGCAACUGCCCGACGUUCACUAUUCCGGGAAGAACUUUCCCUGUCGAGCUGUUCCACGCGAGAACUCCCGUUGAGGAUUAUGUGGACACUGCUGUCAAACAGGCGGUCACUAUCCAUCUCGGAGGAAUGGACGGAGAUAUUCUCAUGUUCAUGCCCGGACAAGAAGACAUCGAGUGUACAUGCGAGAUGAUCAAAGAGAAGCUGGGAGAGCUGGACGAUGCGCCGCCGCUCGCCGUGCUUCCGAUUUACUCUCAACUCCCCAGUGAUCUGCAGGCGAAGAUCUUCCAACGUGCUCCCGGAGGAAUGCGAAAGGCGAUCGUCGCCACGAACAUCGCGGAGACAUCGCUCACUGUCGACGGAAUCCUGUUCGUGAUUGAUCCAGGAUUCUGCAAGAUGAAAGUGUACAACCCGAGGAUUGGUAUGGACGCUCUCUCGAUCUUCCCUAUUUCUCAAGCAUCUGCCAAUCAGAGAAGUGGUCGUGCUGGUCGUACCGGACCAGGACAGUGCUACCGUCUGUACACGGAAAGACAGUUCAAAGACGAGCUUCUGAGAAGCACAGUGCCCGAAAUUCAACGGACGAACCUUGCCAACGUCGUGCUCCUUCUGAAAUCUCUCGGCGUUGACGACCUUCUGAAAUUCCACUUCAUGGAUGCGCCUCCUCAGGACAACAUGCUCAAUUCGAUGUAUCAGUUAUGGACACUCGGGGCUCUCGACAAUACGGGACAACUAACUCCGAUGGGUAGGAAAAUGGUCGAAUUCCCACUGGAUCCGACCCUUUCUAAAAUGCUCAUUGUCUCUGCUGAAAUGGGAUGCAGCGAGGAAGUUCUGACAAUCGUCUCGAUGCUCUCCGUGCCCGCGAUCUUCUUCCGUCCGAAAGGAAGAGAAGAAGAGGCGGACGCGAAAAAGGAAAAGUUCCAAGUGCCCGAAUCGGAUCAUCUCACUUUCCUCAACGUUUAUCUUCAAUGGAGAACGCACAAGUACUCGGCCAAGUGGUGUGCAGAUAAUUAUUUGCAUGUGAAAGCUCUGAAAAAAGUUCGAGAAGUGCGAGCGCAGCUGAAGGAGAUCAUGCAGGAGCAAAAACUGAAAUUGGUGUAAGUGCAUUUGAUUGAUGCUCGGGGAAAAUAUCAAAAACGUGUUUCAGGUCAAACGGAAGCGAGUGGGAUAUUGUACGCAAGUGCAUUUGCUCCGCCUACUUCCACAACGCCGCCCGUCUCAAGGGAAUCGGAGAAUACGUGAACGUUCGAACGGGAAUCCCUUGUUUCCUUCACCCGACUUCUGCUCUGUUCGGAAUGGGCUUCAUGCCCGAUUAUGUGGUAUUUUAGUAUCUAUUUUCAUUUCCCCAACAAUAUUGGUCUCAGGUGUACCACGAACUUAUCAUGACAGCCAAGGAAUACAUGCAAUGCGUCACAGCAGUCGACGCGAUUUGGCUCGCCGAGCUCGGUCCGAUGUUCUACUCGAUCAAGGAAUCGAAGCAGUCGAGAAGGGAACUGAAGAUGGAGAGCGUUCGAACGGUGGAGACGAUGGAGGCGGAAAUGCGAGAGGCUCAGAAGGAGAUGGAGCGGCGGAAGAAGGAGAGCGACAAGGCUUUCAAGCGCCCGCAGUCAUCCACGAGAAUCGUCGAAGUGGGAUCAAAGUCCGUUCGUUCGGAAAGGCGGAAGUUGUGGGGACUUUGAUCAACUCGUCGUCUCUGCGACACUUGUCUCCGAUUUCCUCUUGUUUUUGUUUUUGUCGUGUAUCUCCAAAUCUCUGCGAUUUCUCGAUCACUUUCAAUCCGCGUUUGUUCAAUUCAAUAUAUCCGUAAUAUAAUAAAUCCAUUCUUUUCAAAACUUCAAUCGUUUAACCCUCCAUCGGUCAUUUUCCAUUACUUACCGACGGCUUUCUAAUCCCUUCCCCCACUCCUCCAUUUCCGAUUUUCAGGAUGAGCCUCGGCGAAAUGCCCGUCGAGAUGGCCACCCACAUCCUCCGAGGGUUGAAAGCCACCGAUCUCUUCAAUUCAGGGCUAGCCUAUUCCGAGCUGGCGGUCAUUGCGGCGAGGUUUCUCCCGACGGCGCGUUCUUUGAAGUUUGAAGUGACGGACGGAGGGCUCAGAGGAAGUUACGGAACGGACGAAGCGGAAAUUCGGAUUCCGCAGACGAAAUGUGAAGAGACCGAGAGGAUUCUGCAGAUUCUGAGGCCUUGCCUUGCCGAAGCCGUUGAGUCCCUCCACCUGGAGAACGAAUUAGUCCGUGGACAUAUUCCCGAUGACCUACUGGCUCAUCUUCUCUGUUUUGUGCAGAACGCUCCUCUCAAGGAACUGGCUCUUUCGGAAAUCGACUUUGAAAACAUUCAAGUGUGGACUCUGGCACUUCUCGCAGGCUUCGAUCGGCUUGAAAAAGUUGGGAUCGAUGGAUGUAAACUGGGCGGGCUCACGGAAGGAAGGCUGCUGAAAUGUCUGCAAACCUCGUUCCAAACCCUUUCGCAAAUCGAUUUGAAGGGAACUCCGCAGGUUCAAAGCUGAUCCCACGCAAGUCAUCAUCGUGAUCUUUGCAGGUAACCGAUCAGUUCGCCGUCCGUGUCUCUCGUUCCUGCCCCAAUCUCUCCUACUUCCGCAUCUCGAACUGCCCCAAAGUGACCACGUACUCCGCACUUCCGCUCAUCGAAUCCGCCAUCUUCCGCAUGUCGGACAAACUUGAUGUUCACAUGGACAACACUAAUUUCGACCCCGAUCUGCUCCGUUCCGUCAUGCGCUCUCCGCUGUUCGCGGCCUCCUCUGAGGAGUGGAGCCUGGAGCCAGUAGUUGUUCCGCUUGGAUACGACCGCCCGGCCGUGCUGGCUCUUCAUUCCAGCCGUAGAUGCGUGCUCAUCUUUGUCUGA